AUGAGCCCGAAGAAAGCGCCCGGUGCCGACGGCCUAACAUCAGACAUCUGUAACAGGGCUUAUAAAACAAAUCCUCGGAUCCUGAUCGGCAUCUACAAUAAAUGCCUAGAGUUGGCCUAUUUCCCGAAGAGCUGGAAAGUGGCUACCAUCAAGAUAUUGCCAAAACCCCAAAAGCCAGACUAUUCCAUCCCAAAAGCAUACAGACCGAUCGGCCUUCUCCCAAUCCUUGGAAAAGCCCUAGAAAAAUUAUUUGCCAAUAGAAUCCUAUGGUACCUGGGGAACCAAAAUGCUUUAAACCCAAAACAGUACGGUUUCAUGCCCCAAAAAUCUACUGAGGACGCACUCUACGAGGCAGUGAGCAAAAUAGAAAAGGCAAUAAAAGGGAAGAAAAUAGCUGUCGCGGUCUCUUUGGACAUAGAAGGGGCCUUUGACAAUGCUUGGUGGCCGGCGGUGAAGAACCAACUCCUCGUUAAAAAACUGGAUCCUGCCCUGAUUCAGUUGGUAUCCAGUUACCUUUCCGAGCGAGGAAUAGAAAUCAGAUAUUCAGGGGAACGGGCAGUCAAACGCACGACAAAAGGAUGCAUUCAAGGCUCGACAUGCGGCCCCCUCUUAUGGAAUCUGUUGCUCGACAGUCUGUUGGAAAAGACCUCUGGAAUGAAAGUGUACCUACAGGCGUUCGCAGACGACAUCCUCCUGAUCGGAGUCGGCGAUGACGGCAAAAACAUAGAAGAAGACAUUAACAGUGCACUAAAAAUAAUCCUUGCGUGGGGCAGAGACAACAAAUUGAAUUUUGCACCCCACAAGACGCAGGCAACCCUAUUCACCAAAAAACUGAAAUUCCAGAACCCAAGACUAACCAUAGAUAACACCGUCAUACAGUUACAGGAACACCUUAAAAUCCUAGGGUUAACUCUUGACAAAAACCUAAACUACCUAAAGCACUUAGACGAGACCACUGGCAAGGCGAUAAAUCUAUUCAAGGCAGUCUCAAAAACAGCUAGAGCACACUGGGGCUUAAACCCUGACAUAAUCCGCACCAUCUAUAUAUCAGUCGUGGAACCCACCAUCUUAUAUGCAGCAAACGUCUGGGCAGUCAAAUCUCAAACCGUGCAAGUUAAGAAACGACUCGACCGUAUAAAUAGGAUGUUCGGGAUUUUAAUUUGCAAAGGUCACAAAACCAUAUCAGGGACCUCCGCGAAGAUACUGGGCGGCCUGUUACCCCUAGACCUGAGAUCUUUAGAAAAGAAAAGUCUCUAUGAAGCGAAGAGAACCAAACAGAUUGAUCAGCUGCCUGGAAGGCCCAUGGAAAUCAAAGCAAGUCCCUUCUCUCUACCUCAUCCCGCACUGAGAACCACAAUUCCUUUUGACUGCGUGGAAAACCAGGAGCAGGUCGAAGAAGUCAGCAAAAAUGAACCUUGUAUCUUCACCGAUGGAAGUAAAAUAGAAGGCAAGGUAGGAGCUGCAAUCUCAGUAUGGGUCGAAGGGAAAGAAGUGCACUAUAAGCUAUACCCCCUAGAAGGUUAUUGCUCGGUCUAUCAGGCUGAACUGGUCGCUGUACGAGGAGCGUUAGAGACUAUCGCUUCUAAGAAUUAUCUACAGAAGUCCCACAUCUUCUGUGACUCUCGGGCUGCACUUCAGAGCCUAUCAAACCCGCAGAAUUUAAACCCUAUAGUGGUAGAAAUAAGAGAUAUAGGGAGAAACUUAUGUAGAUCAGGCAAACAAGUGCAGUUCCACUGGAUCCGAGCUCACGUGGGAACAGAAGGUAACGAGCGCGCAGACAACCUUGCAAAAACUGCAGCUACAAAGUCAAAAACCCGGAAAGUCUACGACAGGUUCCCUGUGUCCCUCGCCAAGCACCUCAUCAGGGCAAACACAAUAAGCACAUGGCAAGAUAUCUACAACUCCGAAGUAACAGGUGUCACCUCCAGAACGUUUUUCCCAAACGUGAAACAGGCAUACAAAACUCUCGACCAUAUCAAGAUGGAUAACCUGAAAGCACAAAUUCUCACAGGACACGGCGGCUUCAAGUCUUACUUAUUCAGGUUCAAGCUGGCAGCAGACCCAUUUUGUUCCUGCGAUAAUGCUACGCUUGAAACUAUAGAGCAUCUGCUAACUGAGUGUCCACGGUUCUCCUUACUAAGACAUGACUGUGAGAGCAAAAUGGGACUGGCGCUAGUGACUAAUAACUUGUACGUUGCGAUCAACAGUGAAAAGUUCAGAUCCUGCUUCAUGGCCUACGCGUGCCAGGUAGCACGGAUCGCCGCCCGAGCGAAUGGGUCUAAAGUGUAA